AUUCAGCUUGAUUAUAUAGUUGGAAUCAGUUGGCUCAAAAAAAGCAAAAGAGGUGAGAAGAAGAGCCGAAGAAAAGAAGCGGACCAGACCAAAAACCUCCGUACGUCAUGCAUCUCUCUUUCAAUUCUAUUAUCACCACAUAAUUAUUGCAGGAUUCGGUUGCACGAUAGCUACAAAUUGAAUUGAAGGCAUAUUGUAGUUUUGCUGAUUGGGGUGAAGCAACAUAGAGAGAGAGAGAGAGAGAGAGAGGGAGGCGGCUUUGGAAGGAGGUGGGGAUGGGUUCGAAGAAGGCCGAGAGUACAUCAGCUCCAGUUAUUCGACGAGACCCGUAUGAGGUAUUGUCCGUAUCGAGAGAUUCUACUGAUCAGGAGAUUAAAACUGCUUACAGGAAACUAGCUCUCAAGUAUCAUCCAGACAAGAAUGCCAGUAACCCUGAAGCUUCUGAACUUUUUAAAGAGGUUGCAUAUUCCUACAGCAUCUUAUCUGACCCAGAAAAGAGAAGGCAGUAUGAUAGUGCAGGAUUUGAGGCUCUUGAUGUUGAAAGCAUGGAUAUGGAAAUUGAUUUAUCUAAUCUGGGUACUGUCAAUACAGUAUUUGCUGCAUUGUUCAGCAAGCUUGGUGUCCCUAUCAAAACUACAAUUUCCGCUAAUGUUCUGGAAGAAGCUCUGAGUGGAACUGUCACAGUCAGACCCCUUCCUAUUGGAACAUCAGUUAGUGGAAAGGUGGACAAGCAAAGUGCCCACUUCUUUGGCGUAACAAUAAAUGAACAGCAAGCAGAGUUGGGGAUUGUUGUGAGAGUAACUUCAUCUGCACAAAGCAAAUUUAAGUUACUUUAUUUUGAACAAGAUGCCAAUGGUGGCUAUGGUUUGGCAUUACAGGAAGAUAGUGAGAAGACUGGCAAGAUGACAUCUGCAGGGAUGUAUUUCUUACAUUUUCAAGUAUAUAGAAUGGAUUCUACUGUGAAUGCUUUAGCAAUAGCCAAGGAUCCUGAUGCUGCUUUCUUUAAAAAACUGGAAGGUCUUCAACCUUGUGAGAUUUCGGAACUAAAAGCCGGCACUCAUAUUUUCGCUGUUUAUGGGGAUAAUUUUUUCAAGACUGCUAGCUACACAAUAGAGGCACUUUGUGCAAAAUCAUACGAAGAUUCCACACAGAAACUCAAGGAAAUUGAAGUGCAAAUUUUACGAAAAAGAAAUGAACUACGCCAAUUUGAGACAGAAUACAGGAAGGCUUUGGCACGCUUUCAAGAAGUAACCAACAAAUACAGCCAGGAAAAACAAUCAGUGGAUGAGCUACUAAAACAGCGGGAUAAUACACAUGCUUCAUUCACUGUAAUGAGGACAGUCAGUAAUUUAAGUAAUGGAAGUACAAGCAAAGUUCCUGGUGAAGAUUCAAAGGCUGAGAGUCCAGGGGAAGAUGGAAGUGAUGGAAAAGAUAAAUCAGGCAAGAAGAAAUGGUUCAACUUGAACCUUAAAGGAUCUGAUAAAAAGCUUGGUUGAAAAAGGAUGUCAAAUGACGUGUAUAUGUUGAGAAAAUACGUGUAUGGAACAGAAAUACGAAUGGAGGCCUACAGGAACAGUUUGGAGGCUGCAAGAGGCCUGCCCUUGUAAACAAAAAUUUUGUAUUGUUAUUCCUACUAUUGUUAUUAAUAUUUUCUCCAACCGAAUUCUGAAUUAUAGAUUCUCAUCAUUUGAAUUUGAUAAAUUUAGAGCACACAAGGUAAAUUCUAGUUUAUGGAAUGUAUUGAAAAAUCGUUCAUUUAAUUUUUUAAUUGUCGUUAAAUUA